GUAUUUUCUUUUCCAUUUGACGUCCAUCAGUCAGCCACCCUCUCGAGUUUAGAAGUCGCAGCCCUCCCUCCCACGUUCGUAUCGUCUCCAGAUAUACCGGACUCAUUUCUCAUAAAAUCUAUCCGGCCGUGUAAAAUCUCGUCCGGUUUGUGCGUUUAGGCUCGCAGGGAAAGGAGGAGGUGGAUAAUGGCUUGGAGGUUAAGCACAGCGGAUGUGUGCGGGUUCAAAUUCUUGAUCUCUUUGGCGGUUAUGUAUGGCCUCAUGGCGAUGCUCGCCUACUCCGUCCUCCAUAUGAAGUUCAUUAAGCCGCUCGGCAUCCAGGCGCCUCUCGAUCGCUUCUCCGAGGCGAGGGCGCUCCAACACGUCCGAAUUUUGUCCAAAGAAAUCGAUGGCCGUCAAGAAGGGCGUCCUGGCUUGCGAGAAGCUGCUCAUUAUAUCAAAGGCCAGCUGGAAACAACAAAGGAGCGGGCUGGGUCCCAUAUUAGACUAGAUGUCGAGGAGAGCAUUGUUAAUGGCUCCUUCAAAAUGAUAUUCUUAGGCCACAGCAUAACUAUGGCGUAUAGAAACCACACAAAUAUUGUAAUGAGGAUAUCAUCCGCAGACUCAAAAGAUACUGAUCCAUCACUUUUACUGAACGGCCAUUUUGAUAGUCCGCUUGGUUCCCCAGGUGCUGGUGACUGUGGUUCAUGUGUUGCAUCAAUGUUAGAAGUAGCAAGACUCACUGUAGAUUCUGGCUGGGUCCCUCCUCGACCUAUUAUUUUUCUUUUCAAUGGUGCAGAAGAGCUAUUUAUGUUGGGUUCACAUGGUUUCAUGAAGACACAUAAAUGGCAUGAUACAGUUGGAGCUUUCAUAAAUGUAGAAGCAUCUGGUACUGGAGGUCUAGACUUAGUUUGCCAGUCUGGACCUGGUUCAUGGCCUUCUCAAGUCUAUGCCCAAUCAGCAGUAUACCCAAUGGCACAUAGUGCUGCUCAGGAUGUUUUUCCUGUUAUUCCAGGAGACACAGAUUAUCGAAUAUUUUCCCAAGAUUUUGGCAAUAUUCCUGGGCUGGAUAUUAUCUUUCUCCUUGGUGGUUAUUUUUAUCAUACCUCCUAUGAUACAAUGGAGAGACUAUUACCUGGAAGCAUCCAAGCACGCGGAGAAAAUUUAUUCAGCCUAAUGAAGGCCUUCACCAAUUCUUCUAAGCUACGAAACCCCCACGAUAGAGAACUUCUGGUUGCUACUGAUGCAGAUGAACGAUCUGUUUUCUUUGAUUACUUAACAUGGUUCAUGAUAUUCUAUUCAAGAAGGGUAGCUGUGGUACUUCAUAGUAUUCCUAUCGCCAUCUUCCUUAUUGUGCCAUUCAUUUUGUGUUUACUGUAUUCUGGGUUGCGUUCUUGGUUUGCAAUCAUCUGUGAUUUUACAAGAGGAAUACUAUUCCAUUUUGCUGGGAUUAUUCUUGCAAUUAUUAUUCCAAUUUUAUGUUCCAUCCUAAGGUUGCUGUUCUCUAGUCAUCCAAUGAGCUGGUUUGCUCAUCCAUACUUGGCUUUCAUGAUGUUUGUCCCUUGUUCACUUGCUGGUCUGUUAAUUCCAAGAUUUGUUUGGAGUUGUGUACCCCUCUUUCAAGGCAUUUCACUUCUUAAGACAUCUAGAGAGGUAUUAUCUGAUGAAGCAAGAUUUUGGGGAGCAUUUGGGUUUUAUGCCAUAUUAACUUUGGCUUAUCUUUUAGCUGGUCUGUGUGGAGGCUUCUUGACUUUUUUUGUGUCCGCUUCUAUGCUUGCUGCAUGGGCUUCCUUUUGCUUGUCAAAAUCUUAUAGUUGUCAACCAUUCAGGUCAACAGUGUUUUACAUGAUACCUCUGAUUCCAUUCCUUACUUACUCUGUUUACUUUGCGGGUUUUCUUGCUCAAUUUUUGAUUGAGAGGAUGGGUAUGAUGGGCGCUGUUCCUCCACCUUUUGGAUAUUUUCUUCCAGAUAUAAUAGUGGCAGCAUUAAUUGGAGUUGCAACUGGUUUCUGUGUGGGCCCCCUAAUACCUAUAUGCGGUCAUUGGUUGGCAAGGUCAUCAAUUUUUCAAUUUUUGCUGCAUCUUAGCGUGCUUGCCUUGGCUGUGUCAUCGCAAUUCUUUCCUUACAGCAUGGAUGCACCUAAGAGGGUUAUCUUUCAGCAUACCGUUCUUACUGCAGAUGGAAAUCAGGUUCUGGACUGCACUUACGAUUUUUCUGUACUGGAUUCGAAUUCUUUAGCUUUUGUUUUCGACUAUGCACCUGAAGUGGCAAAUGAAUUGCACAUUGGUUCGGAGUUUUCUUUUGAAACUGCAACAUUGCCUCACCGGGAGACUUGGAUGGCGCUAUUUCCAGUUUCUCUUUUGUUCUCAAGAAGCUUGAAGCUUCCUACAAAAAGUGACGAUGUCCUUAAGCAGUAUUCAUACUUCCCCCAUUUGUCUAUUCAUAAGCCACAUACGAUAUCUAGCGACGGAUCUCGAAGGGUUUACUUGGAACUUUCUUUAGGUUCCUUAGAGGAGGUUUGGGUUGCAGUCCUCAACAUUACUGGUCCUCUAUCCAGUUGGUCAUUUGCAGAUAAUAUUCUUCCAGCUCCUGAAACAGUCGAUGGCGGUCCACCUUCAUAUAUAUGUCGGCUUAGCGGAGCCAGCCAUGAGAAUUGGACCUUUUGGUUAGAGGCUAGCAGUUCUGAGGAUUUAAGGGUGGAAGUUGCUGUAUUAGAACAAAAAUUAGUUGAUGCAGCAAAGAAGUUGAAAAGCCUAUUUCCGGACUGGGUGGAUGUUACUGCUUAUUCUAGCUUUAUGUCCAGUUAUAUCUUUUAGUUCCACAUUGGCAGUUCUGUUUUGCAGACAUUCAACAAUUUUGUAUGAGAAUUCAAUAAAACCAAUCUCAGCUUUAUAAUU